AUGGAUUGGCCUGAACCAGAGACUAACUCGACAGAGGAUGCAGAGGCAGCUGAAAGAGCACGACAGUUUGUGAUGGGUAUGUUUGGUCAUCCUAUUUACAGUAAGUAUGGGGAUUACCCAGCUGUUGUUCGACAGCAAGUGGAUGCCAACAGCAAGGCUGAGGAACGGCCCCGAUCAAGGCUACCAACCUUCACACAGGAAGAGAUCGAGUACAUUAGGGCUUAUACCAAAGGACUGUUAACAAUUAUGUCUACAUUCUGUACACAUCUAAUGCGUAAUAUUAUUCGUCAUGUGAUCCAUCACAGGAAGUCUCAUGCUUGGGGACUUCGGAAACAACUUAACUGGGUUGCCACUCAAUAUCCAGGAUAUCCGAUCAUUAUAACGGAGAACGGUCACUUGAAUCUCGGAGGACGCAACGACACUGACCGCAUCGAGUACUAUACUGAAUACCUCGGAGCCGUCUUAGAGGCGAUAUACACUGAUGGUGUUCCAGUUAUCGGCUAUACGGCGUGGAGUCUCAUGGACAACGUGGAAUGGAACAGGGGUUUCACAUGA